AUGGAUUCUUACCAAAUGCACUCUCAGCCUACACCCAUCGACCUAGUCGGCGGACCGUUUGCUGUUAUUGAGUCGGAUCCUGGCGUCUUUACCUCCCUCGUGCGGAAACUCGGCGUACGGGGGGUCGAAGUUGUCGAGGUUUAUGGAAUAGAACCUUGGGCCUUGGAUCACCUCAGGCCAUACGGGCUUGUAUUCUGCUUCCUGUGGCACAAAGAUAAUCACCGUGCGGCAGACUUCGAGGAUCCUGCUGCCGGGAGUGUCUGGUUCGCCAACCAGCUCAGCGAUGACGCAUGUGCGACCCAUGCGAUCCUAAAUGUGAUCUUGAAUUGCCCAGGGAUCGAUGUUGGGCCGUAUCUCACUCAGUUCAAGCAAGAGACGAGUCAGAUGUCCCCCGUGAUGAGGGGCCUACCAGCUGAUGUUCGCGGUGCCAUUAAUACCCUGGCGACGACGACGCUGGAUAUCGAGAAAGAGAAGCAGAAAGAAGAGCGUCGGAAGAAGGUUGCAGCUGGAAAGCCUCCUCCAGCCAAAAAGCGAAAGGGUGACGAUGCGGCUCAAGAUAAGAGCAAGGGAAAGUCAAGGCAGGAGGAGGAGGAGAUUGAACAGAGCUAUCAUUUCAUAGGCUAUGUCCCAGCUCAUGGCAAAGUCUGGGAACUGGACGGAUUCAAGUCUGGCCCGCUGGAAGUCGGAGAACUGCCAGCUCCCGAGUCGCCUCACCAGAGUGGAUCUGAUCCAAGGAACACUUGGAUGGAUGUCGUACGUCCAGCUCUGCGUUUGAAGAUGGACAAAUACGGAGGGUCGGGGGACGAUGGGAGUAACAUCCAGUUUAGCCUUUUGGCUAUUGUCGACGAUGGGUAUCAGGCUGCGUUUGACGACCUCGAGUUACUGAAACGAGAAAAAGUAGAUCUAGCGUUGUGGGAGGACACGAUCACCGGUAAUGACCGACAGGCCUUAUUCUCCUUCAAUGAACUCGAUAGACCGGCCCUUGCGUCCAAGCGAAUGGAGCGAGACAUCGAGAUAAUGGCCAUGUCACAAGGGGAGUUGGUCACUGCUUGGAACUCUUGCGUCCGCAACAUCAGGAAGGCAGUGAUCGUGCUCGAAGAUGAAUUAUCCAAAGGCAGGAGGACAAAUACUGAGCACAUCAACCGCACAUUCGACUAUGAGCCUUUCUUCAAGGCAUUCAUCACCGCCCUCCACAAUGAAGGUCACUUGAAUCCCUUGCUUGACCUAGACGAGAAUGGUAAGAAACGAAGGUCAACAACCGGUAUGAAGGGUGGGCAGAGCAAGAGAUAG